GCCCGUCACUUCCUGCCUGGCCCCGAGACGGGCCUGCCGGGUGGCGGCAGCGGCGGCGGCGCUGCAGCGCGUGAGCCAUGGUCGCUCUGGAGGACCCGGAGUGCGGCUCGGAGGCGGCGGCGGGCUCCCCGGGCGGGCGACGGACGCUGCCCCUUCCGGGCUGCCUGCCCACCCUAGCUGGCUCCCAGGUGAAGAGGCUGUCAGCCUCCAAGCGGAAGCAGCACUUUAUCAACCAGGCUGUGCGGAACUCGGACCUUGUGCCCAGGGCCAAAGGGCGGAAGAGCCUCCAGCGCCUGGAAAACACCCAGUACCUCCUGACCCUGCUGGAGACAGAUGGGGGCACACCUGGCCUGGAUGAUGGGGACCUGGCACCCCCUGCGGCACCCGGCAUCUUCGCAGAGGCCUGCAACAAUGAGAGCUACGUGGAGGUCUGGAACGACUUCAUGAACCGCUCCGGGGAGGAGCAGGAGCGCGUUCUCCGCUACCUGGAGGAUGAGGGCCGGAGCAAGGCGCGGAGGAGGGGGCCUUGCCGCGGGGAAGACAGACGGACAACAGAGGACCCGGCCUACACCCCCCGCGAGUGCUUCCAGCGCAUCAGCCGGCGUCUGCGAGCCGUCCUCAAGCGGAGCCGCAUACCCAUGGAAACACUGGAGACCUGGGAGGAACGGCUGCUGGGGUUCUUCUCCGUGUCUCCCCAGGCCGUGUACACAGCCAUGCUGGACAACAGCUUCGAGAGGCUCCUGCUCCACGCCGUCUGCCAGUACAUGGACCUCAUCUCAGCCAGUGCUGACCUGGAGGGCAAGAGGCAGAUGAAGGUCAGCAAUCGGCACCUGGACUUCCUGCCCCCGGGGCUGCUCCUGUCCGCGUACCUGGAGCAGCGCAGCUGAUGGAGGCCCCCGGUGCCCCCUUCUGCCACCUUCUGGCACCAAGACCUUUGAUGCCAUCCACUAAGAUCUCUUUCUAGUUUUUAGAAUUUCUCCUUGGGAAUGUGCUCUUCCCCUUGGGGUGGCCCCUCUUUGUCCAGGUCUCCCAGAGAAACGCUGGCAGCUGGGUCUGCCCCAGACUGUCCUGGCCCCUGGCCGCACUCCGUGGCUUGUAUCUGGGCAGGGAGAUCGGGCCUGCUCACUUCCAUAUUCCCUCUUCGUUCAGCUUUUUCAGCCCAGCCUGAAGCUUACUUGAGAAAGGAAAAGCUGGGUUUUUAUCACUUUUAAUGAAUUUGGUGUGAUUUGUUGUAGAUUUUUAAAUUUCCCUUUUGGGAAGAAAAACCAAAAACUCUCUUCAGUGGAUAAGUCAGGGGCUUUGUUCUGGUCCCUACUUGACCCCUCCUAGUUUUUGGCUCGGAGGGGGGGUGUCUCUGGGGCCAUCCCUAGCCCCAGGGAUAUUAUGUCAUGUGCGUGUGCGUGUGCGUGUGUGUGUGUGUGUGCACGUGUGUGUGCACCUUGCGACCCAGGACAGAAGCUGCAUCUUAAAGGCGGGUUUUUCCCUCUUUCUGGAAUGUGUGUUGCCCUCCCCUGGUGCCUCUGGUGGCUCUCAGGGCCUGACCUGCUCUACACACCCCUUUCGCCUUCCUCCCCUCCCAUCAUCCUGGGGGUCUGGGACUUCUAGCCAGAAGCCCCCCACUCUGACCACCCUGUUCCCCUCCCCAUGUCCUCUAGGUACCUCCCAGCCUGGAUAUGGCCUGUUGUUUUGGGGUAUCCUCAUGCUGGUCACCUGGCCUGGCCCCUAGAACAGGGCUGGGAGACCCCUCUCCCAUGUGUGUGCUAAUUGUCCUUUGGGAAAAGUGGAGAGUCUAAUACAUUUCUGGUGCUCUGGU